AUAGUAUUACAGUCAUGAUACAUACAAGUUCACCCAAAACUAUAUCAACACCUUCAAGAAAUGGCCGCAAAUGAAUCUAAUACCACCCAGAAAGAAAACAGCAAAACUAGCACAGAUCCAGUGCGUCCUGUUGCCAACUUCCCUCCUCCUAUCUGGGAUGAUCGUUUAUUGUCGUUAACUGUUGACUAUUUGGUAAGAGAGUUGGAAGCAUACGCUAAAGCCAUUGACGAGCCAAAAGAAGAGCUGAGAAGAUUGAUAAUUAAUGUAAACAUGGAUUCAAAUGCGAAAUUAUGUUUGAUCAAUUCUGUCUACCGUCUUGGCUUGAGAUAUAUGUUUCGGGAAGAGAUUGAAUGUCAACUUGACAAACUUUUCAAGGAGCUGAACAUGGAAGAUUAUGAUCAAGCUGAUCUUCAUACAGUUUCGACCAACUUCCAAGUUUUCAGACAACAUGGUUAUAAAUUGUCUUGUGAUGUGUUUAACAAGUUCAAAGACCAUAGCUCAGGUAAAUUCAAGGAAUAUAUUACAGCUGAUGUGAGGGGCAUGUUAAGUUUUUAUGAAUCUACACAACUGAGAAUAAGAGGAGAAUCUAUUUUAGAUGAAGCUAUCGUCUUCACAGAAGCUCAUCUUGUAGAUGUUGUAGACACUCUUGAAGGUAAUCUUGCACGACAGGUGAGACAUGCAUUGAGGAGUUAUUUUCAUCGUGGGAUGCAUAUUGUAGAAGCAAGGUUAUAUUUCUCCAACUAUGAAAAAGAAUGUUCCACGUAUGAUUCACUAUCAAAGCUUGCAAAUACUCACGUCAACUACCUUCAGCAACUACACAAGGAAGAACUGCGCAUCUUCACAGAGUGGAUCAAGGACAUGGAUUUCAAGACUAUAACUCCUUAUGCAAGAGAUAGAACACCUGAAGUUUACUUAUGGGCAAUCGCUAUAUUUCCGGAGCCUGAUUACUCUCAAUCUAGAAUCGUACUAGCGAAAAUGGUUCAACUAAUUUUGGUGUUAGAUGACAUAUAUGAUGCAUAUGGUACUAUUGAAGAGCUUCGACUUUUAACUAGUGCCAUAAACAGUUGGGAAAUUAAUGUUAUGGAACAACUCCCGGAAUAUAUUAAACCACUCUACAACAUUCUCUUGAACGAGCUUACUGAAGUUGAAAAACAACUAUCUAGAGAGGGAAGAGCAGACAGGGUUUAUGCUUCAAAACAAGCAUUUCAAGAACUAGCUGGAGGUUACCUACAAGAGGCUGAGUGGAGAUAUCAUAGACACGUGCCAUCAUUCGAAGAGUAUUUGAGGAAUGGAUUAAUUACUUCUACGUAUGAUGUUUUCAUAAAAUCUUCUUUAAUGGUUAUGGGAGAUAUUGUUUGUGACAAGGCUUUGGCUUGGUAUGAAAGUCGUACAAAUAUUGAGGAAGCUGCAAAGUUACUAGGAAGAAUUUAUAAUGAUGUUACAACUUACCAGUUUGAGGGUGAAAGAGCACAACAAGUCGAAUCAGUGCAUACGUAUAUGAAGACUUUCGGGGUGCCAGAAAAUGUAGCUGUUAAUGAACUCAAGAAAAUGAUUGAAAAUAAUUGGAAAGAUAUCAACGAGGGAUGUCUUAAGCCAACUGAAGUUUCAAUGGAACUUCUUGCACCAAUUCUUAAUCUUUCUAGAAUGACUGAUACGAUAUAUAGGUACAAUGACAGGUUCACUUUUCCAGAAAACACAAUUGUGGAGUACGUUACGCUGUUAUUCAUAGAUUCUGUUCCAAAGUAUUAAUGAUCGAGUCAUUGUCAUUUCUUUAGCUUAUUCAUUGGCAACAAUUUGCUUAAUGAUUAAUAAUAAUAUGUUAAAUCUACAUCAAGCAGAUGUGGA